CUCUUGCUGCAACGCCCAACUUCUGAAACCCUAGGAAUCAGAGCAGCCAAGACCCGAGCAGUAACCAUGGCGCAACCUAAAGUUUUGACCAACAAGGAGGCCGAUAUACAGAUGAUGUUGUCUGCCGAGGUCCAUCUCGGCACCAAGAACUGUGAUUUCCAGAUGGAACGUUACGUAUUCAAGCGCCGUAACGACGGAAUUUACAUCAUUAACCUAGGCAAGACAUGGGAGAAGCUUCAGAUGGCUGCCAGGGUGAUUGUUGCCAUUGAAAACCCUCAGGACAUUAUUGUCCAAUCUGCCCGACCAUAUGGACAAAGGGCUGUGCUGAAAUUUGCUCAGUACACAGGUUGUCAUGCCAUUGCUGGUCGUCACACUCCUGGUACCUUCACCAAUCAGCUUCAGACAUCUUUCAGCGAGCCUCGUCUCCUCAUCUUGACUGAUCCACGGACUGACCACCAGCCAAUCAAGGAGGCUGCAUUAGGGAAUAUCCCUACAAUUGCUUUCUGUGAUACGGAUUCUCCCAUGAGAUAUGUUGAUAUUGGUAUCCCUGCCAACAACAAGGGUAAGCACAGCAUUGGAUGUCUGUUUUGGCUUCUAGCUAGAAUGGUCCUGCAGAUGCGAGGUGUGAUCAAUCAAGGGCACAAGUGGGAUGUUAUGGUUGAUCUGUUUUUCUACAGGGAACCAGAGGAGGCAAAGGAACAACAAGAGGAUGAUGCAGCUGCCCCUGCUGAUUACACAGAUUAUGCUGCAGGUGCACUUGGCAUGGGUGACCAAUGGUCAGCCCAAAUUCCAGAAGCCCAAUGGGCUGGUGAAAUAGCCCCUCCUCCAAUUGCUGGUGCCCCUGUAGCUGCAGGUGCGACUGGUUGGACUGGUGCCGAGGCUUCAGUGGGUGGUGCGGAUGGAUGGGAAGCGGUUGCUGCUCCUGUACCUCAACCAGAAGGUGCAGCUGCAACCGGGUGGGAAUAAACGGAACAUUAUGUUUGAAUUUUUACUUUUAGUCUUUUGUUGUUGAAAACCAAACCCCAAGUAUGCUGGAACUAGUACUAUGAGAAAUUUUUGAUGGUUUUGUUAUGAAAGAGUUUAAUUUUGCUUUCAUA